UGAUUAUACUGUGAAGCACUUGAGACGAGCACUGCUACAAGAAAAUGUAUCAAGAUAUAACCUUGAUAGUAAUGAUGAUGAGAAAAAGAUUAGCUCAUCACCUAGGUUUAAUGAAAAAAAAAUUAAACAAAAAUUUAAAAAGAUAUGUCAAACCACCAAGAUGCCAAUUUUAUCACGUGUAAUUAUUGAUGACAUAGAUCACAUCAAAUUAACUGAAAAUGAUUUGGUAUCUGAUGGAAUCCUCAAAAUAAACCAUAUAAAGUUACACAAUUACAAGUUAUAUAAAAUAAUUAAAAAUAAUGGAUGUUUGAGUGGUUUUACAUUUCUUAAAUGGAGUGAUAUUAUUGGUUUAACGAAACAAGAAAAAGAUUUUGUUUGUAACUAUGUUUUAUAUGGAUCAAUCACUAUUCCAGAUGGAGAACAUUCAUUCUAUUGCACCUUAAUAGCCUUUUUAACACAAUUCCAAAAGAUGAGAUAUGGACAUCUCUCAGAAGCGACCAGGAACAGAAAUGGUGGAGAGGAUGGGCCAAACAAAUAUCCUGAUUUCUUAUUAUAUAAAGAAAAUGAGGCUCAUAAAUUCACUUAUGAGUUCCUACACUUAGAAAUCAGUAAUGGUCCAUAUGUAGAAAAUAGCACAAGUCAUCAAAUGCAUGUAGCAAAUGACAAAAUCCAGCUUGGAAAAUUUUUGAAAGACAAUCUAA